AUGGCUGAACUGUCCCAGGCUGCCCAGGCCAAAAUCGAGGAGCCGCAGCAGCAAAUCCAGGAGCUCCAGCAGGCCCAAGCUCGCCAGAAGAGCCCAUACGAUGCCUGCCAGACAUCCCUAACCCAUCGCUACUGCAGCGAUGAGAUGACGACUAUAUUCAGCCAGAGGUCCAGGCACUCGACCUGGCGUAAGCUCUGGCUGGCGCUUGCCGAGGCUGAGGUGGAGCUGGGCAUUAAUGUCAUUACACCUGAGGCCCUCGAUCAGAUGAGAGCCCAUCUUACCGUCACUGAUGCCGAUUUCGAUGCUGCUCGUCACGUCCAUGCCUUUGGGCUUGUUGCACCGGCUGCCGCUAGUGUGAUUCACUGCGGAGCAACUUCAUGCUACGUGACCGACAAUGCGGAGCUCUUCCUUAUGCGUGAUGCCCUUGAUAUCUUGAUCAACAAGAUCGCCAAGGUUAUCGCUAACCUUCAGGCUUUCUCUCUCAAAUGGAAAGGUGGGGAUUUAUUCUCCCUCCCUCCGCUGCUGUUCAAGCAGACUUUAGAGGACAUUGUUAACUUACAUGCAUUCAUGGCUUUCCUAACAGGAACACCAGCCGCCCAAUGGCUUCAGGAUUUGAUGUUUGACCUUGAAGCUCUCGAGUCUGUCCGCAACAGUCUCAAGUUCCGAGGCACCAUGGGAACGACUGGAACUCAGGCUUCGUUCUGGAGAUGCGACCAUGCCAAGUGUGAUGCCCUCAAUGGAAAGCUUUGCAAGCGCUUUGGCUUCCCGGCGUUCUAUCCUGUAACUAAUAACACCAACACAAGCACCCGAAAAGUCGACUUGAUCGUGUCCAACGCCGUUGUCGGGUUGGCAUCCACAGCACACAAGGCCGCGACGGACAUCCGCCUGCUCGCCUCAUGGAAAGAGAUUGAAGAGAGUGAGAGAAUCUGCUCGCUUUCCCGCGCAUUGAUGGCCAAGCCGUCAUCAUUUGCCAAUACGCAUGCAACGGCUUGGAUGGAGCGCACAUUAGAUGACAGCGCGAUUAGACAGAUGUUCCUGCUCGCCGACUCGAUUUUGAUUGGAUUGGACAACGUUACCGAUGGACUUAUCAUCAUGAAGCUUGUAGCCAAGGGUGCCUCUCGUCAAGAGGCGCAUGAGGAAAUCCGAGUCCUCUCGCACCAAGCAGCGAGCGUGGUCAAGAACGAGGGCAAGGUAAACGACCUCAUUGAGCGUAUUCGCAACACCGAGUACUUCAAGCCCAUCUGGGGUGACCUCGACUCCAUGAUGCAGCCCGAGCUCUACGUCGGCCGCAGCGUCCAGAUGGUUGAGAAGUACUGCGGAGCCGGCGGAGCCGUGGAGAAGGCGCUUGCGCCGUACCAACAGUACAUUGCUGGGUCUGCCACCGCGCAGCUGAACGUCUAG